AUGAAUUCGGAAAAUCGAUAUCCUGUUACUGCAUCACUUUUCAUGUUACGCGAAAUUAAACAACGACAAGAAAAAGUGAACCGCGGUUAUCAACUCCUGAAGCGUAAGGCAGAGGCGCUACGCCUACGUGGACGACAGGCCGCUGCGGAAUUAGCUACCGUACAAGCCUUGGUAGGGCAUUCUCUGAAAGAGGCUUACAUAUCUUUAGCGGCAAUUAAGUUUACAAACGGGGAGUCGAACGCGUUGGUUCUUGAGAAUGUUGGGCAGGCACAGAUACGCGUACAGCGCCUCCCGGAGAACAUAUCUGGUGUACCAACUGUAUGUCUACAAGCUGUCGAGGAUCUGACCGCGGGAGAUUCCUUUCGUUAUGCUGGGUUGGGAGCUGGGGGGCAUCGCACCAGUGAAACGAAACGUGCGUUCAGGGAAGUCAUCAAGAUUCUAAUCAAAUUCGCUUCUUUGAGAAAUAUAUGCUUGUUGCUGGACGAAGCCGUUCGUACAACAUUAAGAAAAGUGAAUGGCAUAGAAAAAGUGAUUCUUCCGAAACUACGUAACACAGAAAACUAUAUAUUGACUGAGAUGGAUGAGAGGGAACGUGAAGAAUACCACCGUCUGAAAAUGGUGAAAGCAAAGAAAAACCUCGGGCGAUUGCUGCCCAAAUUUAGGGAUAGGGAGCCUUCUGGUGAUGGUCAAGGAUCUAAAGAAGUAACCCCCGACCCUUCCAUAUCAAUGAACGACACUAUGGACGAUGAUAAACUGAAUGUGAUUUCUACCGUUACAGUACCAGCGGGUGAUUUUAAACCUGUAUGCUACCCACAUUACUGGGACGAUGAUGAUUUGCUCUUUUAG